AUGCUUAAUGUUAUCUCUGUUUUACACAAAAGAGCCUUUUUAAAAAAACAAGCGGAAUAUUUCUUCCCAUACUGUAGUAAUAUAAAUAGACAUCUUUCAUAUAAUAUGGAAACAAUUAUAAUAAAAGGGACGAGGAAGGCACCCAGAUGUUAUACAACGCUAUCAGAAGAAGCUGUAAAGGCUAUAACAAAUCUGAAAGAAGUUGUAAAAAAACCUGAUAAAAAAAAAAAAAAUAUUACAAGAGAAACUCUUAAAAAUUGUCAGGGUCAUAAAAGACGAUUUAAAUUAUUUGGUGAUAGAGAAGAAUUUCAUAAUAUUGACAGAGAUAAAAAUAAUCUGAUAAUAGAACCUACUGAUUCAUUCCGUGCUGUUAUUACAACUUCUAAAAAUAAUGUACAUGUUCAGGUUGUUAACAAAAGUAAAAACUACAAAACUGUUUUUGGUUCCUUUGCUGGAAAUGUCGGAUUUACAAAAACAUUACAACAAAGUGAAAGAUGUGCUUAUAGGAUAGGAGAAAAUAUAGCUAAAAAAUGUAGAAGGCUUGGUAUUUUUAGUAUAGAUAUAAAAUUUCGAAGAAUUAUGCGAGUCGAAACUGUUUUACAAGCCAUGUAUGCCAAUAACUUGAAUAUUACACAAAUUAUUCAUGAACCUAGAUUGCCGAAAUGUGGAUUAAAUGCAUCCAAGCCGCGGAAGAGAAGGCGUGUCUAA